UUUGAAGUAUUUUUCUAGAGAGAGAGUUUUUUUUAGAGAGAGAAAGCAGGCGGAGGAGGAGCUUGGAGAGAGAAUCCGUUCCUUGUGUUUCUUUUGCAAAUUCUCCUUCUUCUUCUUCUCCGGUUGAACCGCGGAGGAGAGAACAGAUUUACAGAGAGAGAGAGGUAGGAGUUGAGAUAUCUCUCCCCUUUUUUCUCUCUCUUGCUCAAUCUAUGUUGCUGCUAUCAUCUUUUGAGACUUUUCAUAGAGAAAGAUAGACAAAUAGAUACAAGUUAGGGUUUCUGAUCUCGAUUUCAUAAUGAAUGUCAUGCGUCGCCUCAAGAGCAUUGCCUCCGGUCGUACUUCCGUUUCCGAUCCGGCUGGGGAUCCUACCACAAGGAAGGUGAAGGUUGACCAAGAUGUAGAACAAAGAAGCUUGGGAACGAAUUACUCGGAGGAGGAAACUUCUAGCCACACUGAUCAAAAUAUGUCUACUGCACCAGAAGCUGCUGCAAGCUCAUCCUCCGUGUCCUCUAUUGCUCAAACUGAUAAACCUGGUUAUGAGGAGCUUACAAAAGACAUUAAUGACAUGAAAAUCAGGGAUGAUAGAGUUGAUGAUCAUGACAUGGAAACUACUGUUGUUUCUGGCAAUGGAACAGAAAAAGGUCAGAUAAUUGUCACAACAGUCAAUGGACAAGAUGGACAUCAGAAACAGACAAUUUCAUACAUGGCAGAGCGUGUAGUUGGCACUGGCUCAUUUGGUGUUGUUUACCAGGCCAAGUGCUUGGAAACUGAAGAAGCUGUUGCAAUAAAGAAGGUGUUGCAGGAUAAGAGAUACAAGAACAGAGAACUUCAGAUUAUGCGUUUGCUUAACCAUCCUAAUGUUGUUCAACUAAAACAUUGUUUCUUCUCUACCACCGAUAAUGAUGAGGUGUACCUUAACCUUGUCCUGGAAUAUGUAGCUGAAACUGUCUAUAGAGUUUCCAAGCACUAUACUAGAAUGCAUCAGUACAUGCCCACGAUUUAUGUGCAGUUAUACACAUAUCAGAUAUGUCGAGCUCUUAAUUACAUACACAAUGUAAUUGGAGUGUGCCACCGUGAUAUUAAACCGCAGAAUUUACUGGUCAAUCCCAAUUCUCAUCAGCUAAAAGUAUGUGAUUUUGGGAGUGCAAAGAUGCUGGUGCCUGGUGAACCCAACAUAUCGUAUAUCUGCUCCAGGUAUUACAGGGCACCUGAACUGAUUUUCGGAGCAACAGAGUACUCAACAGCAAUUGAUAUGUGGUCUGCAGGCUGUGUAAUGGCUGAGCUACUUCUAGGACAACCACUAUUCCCAGGAGAAAGCGGGGUUGAUCAGCUGGUGGAGAUCAUUAAGGUUCUCGGAACGCCAACCAGAGAGGAAAUUAAAUGCAUGAAUCCAAAUUACAACGAAUAUAAGUUUCCUCAGAUUAAGGCUCACCCAUGGCACAAGAUAUUUCAAAAAAGGCUGCCAGCUGAAGCUGUUGAUCUGGUUUCGCGGUUACUCCAGUAUUCACCAAAGCUACGUUGCACAGCUCUGGAGGCAUGUGCGCACCCUUUCUUCAAUGAUCUAAAACAACCAAAUGUAUCUUUGCCUAAUGGUCGGCCCUUUCCCCCUCUAUUCAAUUUCACCGCACAAGAAUUGGCAGGUGUUUCUCCUGAAUUACGCGAACAACUUAUUCCUGAGCACAUGAGGAAAUAACUGCUUACUGGAGUGGGUGUAGUAAAAGGAGGCGACUCAUAUUUUCUCUUUUAUUUUAUUUUUUUAUAAAUUAUAUAUAUAUAUAUAUAUAUAUUUUUCGAAAUUCUCGGGGUGGGGGGGUGUAUACUUGUUAAAGAGAGGCAAGCAAGCCACCAUCAUCACUGAGGUGCCACAAGACAACGCGAUCCUUUUAAGGGUUUCAGGUAACAAACCUGAAUUUUAAGCUUCGGGGGCACCAUCAUCUGUGCUUGGUAGCAUUUUUAUGAUUUUUUUUUUGUUCUUCUUUAUUUCCUUGGACAUCUAUUUAUGUUAAGAUGAGUUAUGAAUAUUUGAAUCCCUUAAUUUUUAAUUUUAUUUGAAUUUUAAUGUUGUUUGUGUAUUCAUGGUGGAUGGCUAACAAAGUGGGGAAGUUAAGGAGGAGAGUUAGGACACAUUGUCUGAUGUUGUUGUAUAUGUAUGUAUGUAUGUAUGUAAUGUAUUAUCCCAUGAUUAUCAAGUGUUGGAUUGGUUGGUUCUCUAUGUAAGAAAUCUAUAUUUUCCUU